AAAUUUGGCCUUGGCUUUUGUUUUUGGCUCUGUUACACACCAGGCAUUCCCUCUGCUACAUCAAAUCUCACUUGUCCUUUUGCCUUGUCUUCUUAUUCUCAUUUUUGCUUUUUAAAUAUUUCUAAAGCCUUUACUUUCUGCUUUAUUCUUCUCUGUCUCCCUCUUUUGUACAUUUCUCUUCCCAACACUCCACUCUUUCUUCUUCCCUCUCCAACCCAUUUUUUUUUCUCCUUUCAUUUCUUUCUCAAUUACUCUUCUUUGAUUCAAGGUGGUUCCUUUUACACCGAUCAUCGCACCCCAUUUUGUUUAUUCUCUCGGUUGCUCUCUUGUUUUCCCCUGCAACUCUAAAAACACGUUCGUUCCACCACUCAUUCUAAAUUUUCCAGAGAUAUUCAUCGUUGGAGGGAAACGGUUGUUGGUUUUUUUCAUUAUUCCCUUUGUAUCACUCAAGUCAGAUUGUGGGACCUUCAAAAUUGGAUCUUGACCUGCAAAUUUGUUGGCAUGGUUUUUCCACGCUGAUGUUGAUCCUUUGUAAGUGAUGUUGUAAUCUGAGUUCUUCUAUUAAUGCAAAAAGUUGAUGAUGCUUUGCAUGGGAGAGUGAAUCAUUAUUAUGCAUGGAAGUGUUGACAAAGUUCUUGGCUGGCACACUGAAAUCGAUAACUAGCAAAUGUGUGGUUUUGCUUGUUACUGUUUUGAUCCUUAGAGCGCUGUUGUUUCCAUCUUUCCCUGGCUUUGAUGGGAUUGAAUGGAGCAACCUUGUAUAUAUCCGUACUCCAGUGUUGAAUUCUGACUUUGGAAUUCGUCAAGAUAAGUUUUUGGUUGUUCCUCAGCUUGUAUGGGGAUUAAACAACCAGAAGAUUGCAUUUGCAAGAGCUUGUCUUACUGCUAGAAUGCUGAAUAGAACAUUGUUGAUGCCAAGCCUUAGUGCCUCACUCUUUUACAAAGAAAUUGACCUCCUGCAACCCAUUUCCUUUGACAAGGUGUUCCAAUUUGAGAAGUUUAAUGCCCUUUGCCGCGGCUUUGUCUGGUUGGGGCGCUAUUCGGAUGUCUCGAAUAGAACACAAGUGUUGGAAAUGGAGAAAGGAAGUGGAAGGAGGUGGACAGUGGAGAGAGAUUUGUCACAAUUGAAGGAGUAUGGUAAGGGCUCUUUCGAUGACCACGAGGUGAUUCGGAUUGUAGGGAAGAACCCUUUCUUGUGGCAUGAUCAUUGGCCUGUGAAGGACUAUGCAAAGGUUUUGGAGUGCUUGGAUUUGAAUGAUGAGAUUGCUAAGGAAGCAGACAGGGUUGUGUCCAGGAUUAGAGAUGUUGGAAGAGAGGUAAUAGGCCACACCAAAGCAGUGGAACCGGAAAACAAGUCUCUACCAUAUGUAGCCGUGCACAUGAGGAUAGAAAUUGAUUGGAUGAUUCACUGUAAAAAGUUAGAGCGGAGAUUGAACACGGAUCAAAUCUGCAGCGGGAAGGAAGAGAUAAUUGAAAGAGUUAGGAACAUUGCUGGUUUGAAGACUCCAGUUGUUGUUUAUCUUGCUGUUGCGGAUAAGCUCCUAAACAAUUCUUCCAUAUUACAAGGUUGGGAAGGAGGCUUUCUUCCUUUUGAGAAGAAGAAACUUGGUGUUGAUGGAAUUUACAACAAGCAUCCCUAUUUAAUUCAGUCUGCAAUUGACUAUGAAGUGUGCUUAAGAGCUGAUACCUUUGUGGGGAACAGUUUCUCUACAUUUUCAAGUCUUAUAGUUCUUGAAAGAACACAGAAGAUGAUCAGAAUGAGUGUCACCAAUAUGUGUGGAGAAAAUGUAAGAUGGCCUUCUUAUGCUUACAAUAUACCAGGAGAAUCAAAUGGCCCAAUGAGAUGGGUUACAAAUAUGUCAGAAUCAAGUCUUCAAGCAAUCAGCUAUGGCACCAAUCACAUCUCUUGUUGACAGUGCCUUAUUUAGAGUAGAAUGGAGAGCCCCUUUUUCAUGUCCCAACAGUUUCACAUUUGAGUUUGAUUGGCACACUUAAAAAGAAGAAUUUUGAUGUAGAUAACACAGCAAUGGAUUAUAGCUGUUUACAUUGAGGUACAGUUUUUUCUCGUUAUGUAAUUUAACCCAUGAUUUUGAAACAAUUUCCUCAGGUAUGACACUGUUUGCCUGGCUAAAAAAACAAAGUCCCUCCAAAAGGGCAAGUUUUGAUUUCUGUUUACAUUGUCUUUAUAACAAUGGAGAAGAGAAU